GAGUGAUUGACUAUCGAUCGUAGAGUGAACUCAAUACCAAAUUGUGGCUCAAAAAACUGAUUAGAAAUGUUUUAAAAGUUCGUAGUAGUUUUAUAUCGAGUCAGUCUUGCCAAAAGGAUUGUCAAAAUGGCAAAUAUUUUUAAGAGAAAAGGCUGUGGAAUCAUCGCAGCCGUGUUUUCGAUCGGUGCUUUGGUAAUGAUAAUAAUGGCGCUGGUUACUGAGCAUUGGGUCUAUGCAGCUCUUCUGAGGAAGGGGGAAAAUACAACAGCUCCGGGCGGAACUAAGGACUUUGGUUUAUUUGAUGGACAUGUCACUGUCAACUUUGGUCUGGGCCAGCGAGGCAGAGAUUUUAAGGUUAAAGACGAGUUUGAGGGCGUGGCUAAUGAUAAUGCUAUGUGGGCGACUCUCGGGUUUGCUCUGCUCAGUAUUCCUUUCAUCUGUAUUGGAAUUGGUAUGCUCUGCUACAAUGAGUUCUCCAAGACUAAUCUAACCAUCUGUGGGACUCUUGGUAUCUUUAUUGCACACAGUAUAGCAUUUCUGCUGAUACUGGUUGCUGUUGCCGUAUACGGCAUACUUUUUGAAAGUCAGCUCAAAGAGAACGUACUACGUCCAGAUGAUAAAAGACAUGGCUUCGAUUCGACAGGUCUGGCGAGUCUCGAAUACUCAUUCUGGGUCCUAUUGGGUGCUGCGGCCGUUGUCUUACUGAGCCCGUUCAUCUUUCUUUUAAGUAAAGCUCACUUGACGCACUAUUUUAAAACAUCGCCAAAGGCAUGCGAAGCUGCUGUUGCUGAUGGUGUGAUGCUGUAUUAGUAAUACUGAUACCCACACACAUACAACAGGACCAUACAGCCAUAAACGUUCCCAGAUCGUGUCAGUAUGUCAACUGCUAAUAGACCCCUUGCACUAAUUCCCAAUCUAGGAAUCAAAACAAUUAAAAGAAUUACCCUCUCUCGAUAAUUAAAAUCUUUUUUCACGUUAACAUUUUUUAUUAUUUUGACGGCAGGGUGGGGAUUUUGUGCAAAGGAUCUAUUAUUGGGAAGAAAGGUCCUGGAUUAGCAAUACGAGAUAAAAGAAACGAAGUAGUUAAUUCUUAGUCAUCUCUGUUGCGCAGAUUUUAACUUGUAGUUACUGUAUAAUAGUUUAUAUCUUUAUGUUUGGUAGCGUCGAAUACGGACGAGUAUAGUAUUGUUAAUCAAACGGAGGCGAAUCUAGGGUUGGCGGGUUCAUUGUAUGUACGUUCCCCCGCUUCCUGUCUAUGCACGAGUGUCUCGAAAAGGCAGGAUUACCAUUCACUCCAAAUCUGUCUCCACGUCUCCACGCAGGCAUCUCAGGGAAGCUGUAUAAGCUCCUAGAUAUCCUCCAAGCUCAAUUAUUCUAUUUUAAAGGUAUAUAUAUAGAUGUGAAUAUUCUGUUCUCAUAGUUCAAAGUCAUUACGAGACACUACAAUCAAAUUCAAGCCAAAACACUUAUAUAAACCCAAGCAUAAAUAUUUAACGAGCAACACAAGUGCACGAGUGAAUCUUCAAGGUUUGCAAAUACACUUAGUAACGUUGUGAAAGGUCAGUUAAGUUUUARAUAAUCUUUAUGAAUGAAUGAAUGAAUGAAAAUGAAAGAAAAUGAAAACAUUCUUUCAAUUUCUUUCUUUCAUUUUUUCAUUCUUCACUUCUUUUCUAUAAUUGCAUCUACCAGAGCACCCUUACUAACGAAAUGACCCAUAGCUCCUUUUGGGAGUCCCAGAUCAACUUUAGGAUGCGAACCUAUUUUUAUCGCAUUGUCUCCAUGGACAGAGUAAAAGUUUUAAGAUCAACUUCUUAGAAAGGGCCUUAACCUAAUAGUCGUAAGUUGAAAUAAAAUUAUGGUAAUGUAAAGCAGUGGUUUUAGCAUUUUUUGAGAAGUAUGUUGCACUUAAAGCAAUGUAUAAACUUGUUUAAAAAACGUCAGGAGUUCAGUACUGACAAAAACUACGAAGAUAACUUUAGAGUGAAGAUAUUUUAGACUUAGAAAGAAUCUUUCGAGUCAGUUUGUAUCACCUUAAUAAAAUGUAUUCAAAGUAGUUUUUAAGAUAAUAAAACAUAUCAUGGUGGA